CCCAACCCAGCCUCACUGAUCCACUCUACCCCUAGCUGGACUGCCGGAGCGAGGGAGGGUGGAGCCGAGCACCGCAGACGCACAGAUACAGAGGUUGUAUACAGAGGCACAGUAGAGAGAGUGUGUGUGUGUGUGAGAGAGAGAGAGGUCUGUACCCUCACUUAAACACUCUCGCCUACCCGGGCUCGACCCCCCUCCUCCCUUCUUCUCCCUCGCCAAGAACACCGCCGCAGCCACCGCGAUCGAUCUGUUUCUCUGUCUCCCGUGCGCGUCUGGAGCGGCGGCUGGGGUGGGCGCCAUGAUCCUAUGAAGGAGAAGGAGAAGGAGAAGGAGAAGGAGAAGGAGAAGGAGAAGGAGGAGGAGGAGGAGAGGGGAUAGAUAGGUGGCUGCGUGACAAAGGGGCCGGAUCGAUGUACAAGAACCAGCUGCAGGAGCUGGCGCAGAGGAGCUGCUUCAGCCUGCCGUCGUACGUGUGCACGCGGGAGGGGCCCGACCAUGCGCCCCGCUUCAAGGCCACCGUCACCUUCAACGGCGAGACCUUCCACGGGCCCACCUGCUGCACCACGCUCCGCCAGGCCGAGCACGCCGCCGCCGAGGUCGCGCUCGCCCGCCUCUCCACCCGCGGGCCAUCCACCUACCUCACCGCCAGAGUCCUCGACGAGACCGGGGUGUACAAGAACCUGCUGCAGGAGACGGCGCACCGGGCGGGGCUGAAGCUGCCGGCCUACACCACCGUGCGCUCCGGCCCGGGCCACUCGCCCGUCUUCGCCUCCAGCGUCGAGCUCGCCGGCCUCAGCUUCGCCGGCGACGCCGCCAGGACCAAGAAGCAGGCGGAGAAGAACGCCGCCAUGACCGCCUGGUACGCCCUGAAGCAGAUGCCGGAGGCGCGCAAGGAGCCCGGCAACGGCUGCGGCGGCGAGGAGCAGGAGCACGUGGUCGUCGCCAGAGUGCUCGCCGCCUUGAAGCAGCGUUGCGACGGCAAUGCGGCGUCGAAGCAGCACUGCCUCGCCGGCUCAUCUUCUUCCUCUGCUCCGAACCCGUCGCUCUACAGACACCAAUGGCUGCCUCUGAGCUCCCAUGCCGCACACCCGAGGACGCGCCACGUGCAGCCGCAGUCGCAGCCGGCCGGCCCCAGGAUACUGCCCCCGCUGCACAUGCUGCAGCGACCGGCGCCGUCCACCUCCCGUCACGGCGCCGAGCUGGAGCGGCAGAGGAGGAUCGAUGCGGCCGAGCUGGUGCAGAUGCUGGAGAGGGCCAUGGUGACCAACAGAGAAGAGGCAAUGCCGUCGGCGCCGUGCUACUACCCGCACGUCCCGGCGUACCACCACGCCGGCGCGGCGCCAAGAUACUUCGCCGCGGGCGGGUUCCACUCGCCGGCGAUGGCGGUGAGCGUGCGGUCGGUGAUCCCCGUGUGCUCCGCGCCGCCGCAGCCGGCCGCGGCCACCAAGGAUGACGAUGACGAUGACCGGAACGACAACCCGGCAGCACCUGCAGAGCACUAGGCGGCGAGGCGUGAGCUCGCAGCCGCCAGCUUUUGAAGAUGAAGAGGACGAGGUUCAGUAGCUAUAUAUGAUCAGAUCAGUCUUGGUUCUAGGAAGGGAAUUUUGAUCGCAAGUUGCUGUGUCUAAGCUUGUGUAAGUGACCACCUUCUGCCCGCUCUUCCUUUCUUGAAACCGCUAGGUGGUUUAGAUGGAGAUGGACAUAUUAUGAAUAUAGCUCCUACUAGGGCUUCCUUGAGUAGAAGCCAUGAUCGA